GCUGCACAGGGCCAGCAGGACAGGGCACGUCGUGGAGAGGUGAAGGGGCUGCACUUUGCACGGUGAUGCAAAGGUGCCCGAGUGCUCCCUGCUCUCGCUGAGCCACGGCGAGAUAAGGAGCAAUCUGCGUGCAGAUAAAAAUACCGACAAGGCCGUAAUCUUAAAUAAACUGCCUUUCUUUUGGACACUAUGUUAAACGUGAGAUCUGAUAAAGCACUCCAGAAAUACAACAGGCUGUGACCUACAGCAUCCCUGCUGGAGAGCAUGCUGUUCUGCGUUGUGCCACGUUGUUCUGUGCCUGGUGGGGGGUUCAGCCCCCAUCCCUGGCCACCUCCAGCACUACCAGUGUGAAGCCAAGGGGUUCUCAGCUCUCGCUGCUGCCUUUAGAGAAGGCUGGAGGGGUCAGCGGUGGCCGCGGGUUCCCAAAGGGCACUGAGGUGCAGGUGGGCAGCGGGGCACACAGCAAGCCAAGAGCUGGGCAGCUUCUGGCCGUGCACCACAGCCCUCCAUCUCAUCGGGUUGCGACGACGGCACCCAUCCCACCCCACGCCCCAAAACCAGGCCUGUGCUGCAGUGGCCAUCUCAGGUGGCUCUCCCCCUCCCUCCGCUGCGCCAUCUCCACAAACAAAGGGGAGGGUGUGGGACACGGCGACGGAGCCAGUGGAGAGGAGCGUCCGGUGGAGAAACCCCACCCCGGGCGGGCGCUGAGCGAGCGCAGCCCGGCCCCGGCCCCGCCAGCCCUUAUAAGCACAGGUGCACCCAGGUGUAAGCCGAUCCCCACGGCUGCAGCAGCGAGCGGAGCACGGGGUGGUUUCGGUCAGUGGGUUCCUCUCUGCCAUCGCCUGGGAGCCGGACACCAUGUCUAUGGGGCUGGAGAUCGGUGGGGUGACCCUGUCGGUGCUGGGCUGGCUGUGCAGCAUCAUCUGCUGCGCGCUGCCCAUGUGGAGGGUGACGGCCUUCAUCGGCAACAACAUCGUGACGGCGCAGAUCAUCUGGGAAGGGCUGUGGAUGAACUGCGUGGUGCAGAGCACGGGGCAGAUGCAGUGCAAGGUGUACGACUCCAUGCUGGCCCUGCCGCAGGACCUGCAGGCCGCCCGUGCGCUGCUGGUGGUGGCCAUCGUGCUGGCCGUGCUGGGCCUGAUGGUGGCCAUCGUGGGCGCCCAGUGCACGCGCUGCGUGGAGGACGAGACCACCAAGGCCAAGAUCACCAUCGUCUCCGGCGUCAUCUUCCUGCUCUCCGGCAUCAUGACCCUCAUCCCCGUCUCCUGGUCGGCCAACACCAUCAUCCGGGAUUUCUACAACCCGCUGGUGAUCGACGCUCAGAAGCGGGAGCUGGGCACGUCUCUCUACGUGGGCUGGGCGGCCUCCGCGCUGCUGCUCUUCGGGGGGGCCCUGCUCUGCUGCUCCUGCCCCCCCAAAGAUGAGAGGUACGCGCCCAGCAAGGUGGCUUACUCCGCCCCGCGCUCCGCCGUUACCAGCUACGACAAGAGGAACUAUGUGUGAGCCCCCGCAUCCCCCCGGCCCAGCCCUACGGGGGGCUCGGCAGCUCCUGCGCCCACUUCCAGCCCCACCGCCGGAACCGGCACCGUCGGGGACUCUCCGCCCCGCGGGCCGGGGAGAGAGCUCCCGUCCCCGAGGAUGCCCGGCCCCGGUGGGAGCAGGCAGGGGAAUGACGGGGGGGGCGAUGGGAUCGGUGCCGGGGUCAGGGCCGGGCAGUGUGAGCGGGAGCCGGGCGGGCGGCUGUGUCAAUACCGACGGUUUCAUGUAAACAGAGCCGGUUUCGGGUUGCCAGGAGAGCUGUGCGCAGCAGCGCCAGGAGGAAGCUCCGUGUCCCCCCGCCCUGCCCCGCC